AAACAAUUCCAGUGCUCCAGGCAGCCUCAGCACAAGAAAAGAACAUGGUCGAGGCUGAAGUACCAACUAAAUAAUCUCCUUUCAAAUUUUCACCGACACCAUCAUGGAUUCAAGCACCGCACACAGUCCGGUGUUUCUGGUAUUUCCUCCAGAAAUCAUUGCUCCAGAAUAUGAAUCCACCGAACUUUCAACCACGACCUUUUCGACUCAAAGCCCCUUGCAAAAAUUAUUUGCUACAAAAAUGAAAAUCAUAGGGACUAUCCAGAUCCUGUUUGGAAUUAUGACCUUUUCUUUUGGAGUUAUCUUCCUUUUCACCUUGUUAAAACCAUAUCCAAGGUUUCCCUUUAUAUUUCUUUCAGGAUAUCCAUUCUGGGGCUCUGUUUUGUUCAUUAAUUCUGGAGCCUUCCUAAUUGCACUGAAAAGAAAAACCACAGAAACUCUGAUAAUAUUGACCCGAAUAAUGAAUUUCCUUAGUGCCCUGGGAGCAAUAGCUGGAAUCAUUCUCCUCACAUUUGGUUUCAUGCUAGAUCAAAACUACAUCUGUGGUUAUUCUCACCAAAAUAGUCAUUGUAAUGCUGUUACUGUCCUGUUCAUGGGAAUUCUGAUUGCAUUGAUGACUUUCAGCAUUAUUGAAUUAUUCAUUUCUCUGCCCUUCUCAAUUGUGGGGUGCCACUCAGAGGACUGUGAUUGUGAACAAUGUUGUUGACUAGCACUGUGGGAAUAAAGAUGUGUUAAAAUA